AUUAUUAUUAUUGCGGAGCGACCUUCUUAACCACGUGACCAGCUUCCGGUCUACUCCUCGCCUCUUUGGCGCGCAUGCGCAGUUGGAGACUCCCAUUCAGUACAAGCGUAGGCGAACCAAGAUGGCGGCGGUGGUGGAGAAUGUUGUCAAACUACUGGGAGAGCAGUACUACAGAGACGCUCUGGAGCAGUGCCAUAACUAUAACGCCCGUCUGUGCGCAGAGAGGAGUGUGAGGAUGCCCUUCCUCGACUCGCAGACCGGCGUCGCCCAGAGCAACUGCUACAUCUGGAUGGAGAAGAGACACAGAGGACCGGGUGUGGCUCCGGGGCAGUUAUACACGUACCCCGCCCGCCGCUGGAGGAAGAAGAGGAGAGCUCAUCCUCCAGAAGACCCUCGACUGGCUUUCCCCUCCCUGAAGACAGGUACUCUUCUGAAGACAGAAUUGGACCUGGGUCUGAAGAAGGACCUGCUCGGCACCAGCGAUGGCAGCAGCAGUCUGGAGGCCCUGCUCCGAGGAGAGCCGCUGGAGAAGAGAGCGGCGCUGGAGCUCAGAGCGAACGACGAGGAGCCCGCGCACAACGAGUACACGAGCGGAGGACUCAACCCUGCGACCAGAGCGAGGAAGAGAAUCGUGGAACCUGAUGACUUCUUGGAUGACCUUGACGAUGAAGAUUAUGAGGAAGACACACCGAAGAGACGCGGCAAAGGCAAGGGAAAGGGGCGGGGCGUGAGCAGCGCCCGCAAGAAGCUGGACGCAGCAGCCGCUCUCGAGGAUCGGGACAAACCUUACGCCUGCGACAACACUUUCAAACAAAAGCAUAUUUCAAAAUCUUCUGAACGAGUCUGUGGGAAACGCUACAAGAACAGGCCCGGUCUGAGCUACCAUUACACCCACUCUCAUUUAGCCGAGGAGGAAGGGGAGGAAAAGGAGGAGGUGGAGCUUCAAGAGCAGACUCCGCCCCCACCCGAGGAGCCCAAGACAGCCCCUAAGAAAGGUCCUGAUGGUUUGGCUCUGCCCAACAACUACUGCGAUUUCUGUCUGGGUGACUCCAACCUGAACCAGAAAACCGGCCAAUCAGAAGAGCUGGUGUCCUGCUCCGACUGCGGCCGCUCCGGUCAUCCCUCGUGUCUGCAGUUCACCCCGGUGAUGAUGGCGGCGGUGAAGACGUACCGCUGGCAGUGCAUCGAGUGCAAGUGCUGCAAUAUGUGCGGCACGUCGGAGAACGACGACCAGCUACUCUUUUGCGAUGACUGUGACCGAGGCUAUCAUAUGUACUGCCUCACCCCACCCAUGUCGGAGCCCCCUGAAGGAAGCUGGAGCUGCCAUUUGUGUUUGGACCUGCUGAAAGAGAAGGCGUCCAUAUACCAGAACCAGAACGCUCCGCCGUCGUGAUGGACCCGCCGCAGAACACUGAGCCCUGCGUUCUCGGUCCCCAGCUCUUUAGGUGGCCACUCGGCAAGUGAGAUAAGAGAUGAGAUGAGAGAGAGAGAGAGAUGCUGGGGACCGGAAAAGGGAAACAUAGUGAACCUAUUUACCCAAGGAAAGGGAGGGAUGAAACGGAUAAACAGAACACGAAUCCCUCCUCUUUGGCAGGUUUAAUUCCAAUAUGACUGUUACACAGUUCCACGUUUUAAACUACCCACUGCUUUUUGUUUUCAACUAUUAAUCUGAAACAUAAUACAUAAUGAUAAUAAGAAGAAUAGCGAUUAUAACUGACUGACUAAUCCAAACCCAAACUGUCCAUCAAUCCACUUUGAGAAUAUACGCCUCUGCUCAUUAGUAAACGCGUCCUUCAGCUACCCGGAACGUUCACCACACUAUCUGACAUCGUUAGAGACUACUCUUAGUACCGGUUACGUUUCUGGUCACCCAGUAAUAGUUGAAACCAAUCAGCAUGCUUGUUCGUAAUAAGACAAACGGUAGCGUGUUGGUUUUGUUUUUUUUUGUAUAUUUAUAUAUUUGUAAAGCAUAUAAAGGUGUGAUGUAUUUAAAAGUGAGA